GCCAUGGCGACCGGCCUGUGCGAGCUCCCGCGGCGGCGGUUAAACCGCGGCGCCGGCCGUUAAUGCGCGCCCCCGACAGCGCGGCCGCCAUGUCGCUGGACGACCCGCGCCUCGAGUGGCUGCAGAACCGCGUGUACGAGGCCUUCGGCCUCCAGGAGACCGACUGCUUCGAGGAGCUGCUCAACCGCGACGACGGCCUCCAUGAACUCGUCAUCCUCCGCUUCCUCAACGACACCCACGCCGAGGACUGCCCGUCCGCCCUGCUCUUCUUCCGCAGCGACCGCACCGUGGAGGAGGAGCUGGAGCUCGAGGACGAUGAAGUCACAGAAGUUACUCACGAUGAAGAUGCUGAAGUUACUGGGACAACUGAGUUGGUCAAUGAAGAAGAAACACCAAGAACUGUUGCGUCUUCUAUUCAGGAACAGUCACGACAGGGAACGGAGCCCAGGCCGUCCCAGGCAAGCGCGUCCGAGGGGGAAGCUGUAAUGUUCACCCUGCCACGUACCAAAAUCGUAACCCAGACAGUGGAACUACCCGUGCUCUAUGUUUCACUGGAGAAAAUCCCUCCAGAGUUUGCCAAUCACGAUAUGUUCUUUUUUCUCCGGAAUAAAAGAGAAACCAUUCCUGAACCCAAUGACAUGAAGGAGACCAAUAUACUAAUGCCCAAAAUGCUGGAGUUUGGCAUGCUAAAUGGGCACUCUUUAUUGAUGCUACACCAAAUCUUAACACAGCUCUUCAUGCCACUUCUGUCUUAUCACAGUAAAAACGCUGAGCUUAAGCAAGGUUCAUCACGCUUUAUAAGUACAGUAGCGUUUCAGUUUGAGAGGUUGAGUAUUGCGGACUCGAGAGGAGGAGGGGAUUCACGGAAUAUUCAGUUUGUCAGGGAUGAAUUCCUGAUAACUGUACUAAAGUUCUCCAAUCAGGUUCAGCGAACCAUUCAACAGGUGGAGGGUGAAAUCAAGCUUGAAAUGCCUCCAUUAGACCUCGAAACAGACCUGAACCAAUUUACUUCAGACCCAAUGAUAAUGGAAAUGCUGGAACACAGUGUGAUGAACUGGCAGGUGCAGAUCACUUCUGCCAUUGAAGAGCAGCUGUCGAAGAUGCCCCAGGGCAACGGUCCGUUAUCAGAGAUAGACUUCUGGCGAGAACGUAAUGCUACUCUCAGUGCCCUCAGUGAACAGCUGAAACUGUCAGUGGUGAAGAGGAUUGUUGACUUUGUGGGCGCCUAUGAUCAAAGUUUAAUCCAGAAUCUCAAUUUAAUCAUUGCUGACCUCACCAAGUACCACGUGGAAGCUGCAGACAACGUUAGGUUCCUCUCAACACUGGAGCGGCAUUUUAAGAAUCUAUCACAGGGAACAAGAUUUCAAGUUGUGAUGGAUACCAUCCCUUCCAUGUUGAAUGCCCUGAGGAUGGUUUGGAUUAUUUCCCGCCAUUACAACAAGGAUGAACGGAUGGUGCCCCUGAUGGAGCGCAUUGCGUGGGAGAUCGCAGAGAGAGUGCGCAAAGUUAUCAAUGUACGCAGCAUAUUUAAGAGGAGCUCAGAAGCAGCAAAAACAAGUACCUUAGAAGCCAUACGAACCCUGCAGUUGUGGAAAGACUCCUACUUUGAUAUCCGUUCUAAAAUUGAGGCUUCAGGGAGAGAUCAGCGCUGGGAAUUUGAUAGAAAGAAACUCUUUGAGAAAACUGAUUACAUGAUUGUCAUCUGUCAGAAUAUACAUGAUAUUUUGCAGACUCGAGAGGAGUUUUACAACAUCUUUGGACCAGAGCUGAAAGCUGUAACUGGUGACCCGAAGCGCAUUGAUGAUGUGGUACAAAGGGUUAACGAUCUUGUUGUGCCCAUUAUGGAACUCUCUUUCGAUAUGUUUAACAUUCGUCACACGCAGAUGUGGAGGGUCGUAAUGGAGGAUUUUUACACUCAGGUUCAGUUCAUUGAAGGGGAAGCAAAGAACUUUAUUGAUGAGUCAUUCAAGAGUCUCCGCUCUGCAGAAGCAGCGUUUGACAUGCUUUUGAGAUUCAGGCACAUUCGCUCACGAGAAGUGGUCAACAAGCAAAUGAUGAGGAAAUUCAAUGACAUUCUCACACAGUAUUGUAAGGAGGUUGAUAUUAUAAACACCAUCUUUACAAAUAAUGCUAGUAACCCUCCGGUGACCAAGAACCAGCCUCCAGUUGCUGGAGCCAUCCACUGGGCCCGAUCACUCUUUCACCGCAUUAAACACGUCAUCGUUCACUUCCAGAAAAUGCCCGAGAUGCUGGCAAGUGAUCAGGGCAAGGCAACCAAAGCAAAAUAUCUAGAGGUGGCAAAGAGGAUGAAAGUGUAUGAAGAUAAGUUGUAUGAACAUUGGCAAAGUGAGACUAACACAAAGUUGCACGUUCUGUUAAAACAAAGCCUGCUCAACAGGGUUGAUGCACCAAUAACCUAUCCAGAUAGUACGGUUUACUUUGAUCCUAACUUGACUUCUCACGAUGAAAUGUUUGAAGCUAAUUGUCAAUAUGAAGUGAACUUUGCUCCAGAACUGGAAGAAAUAAUCAUGGAAUCCAAGUACAUGGAGCAGUUGGGAUUUCAAAUCCCUCAGCUGGCCAGAAAUGUGGCUUUACAAGAACAGAAGUUUCUCCGGUACACCACUGGAUUAAGGAACAUGUUGAAUCGCUACCAAAAACUAAUGACUUCUUUAAACAUAGCAGAGAUAAAACUUAUGGUGGAUCAUAUCCAAGAGCUCCAACGGGUUAUUCGUUCAGGUUAUAAAAGAUUAAACUGGAACUCGUUAGGUAUUAUUGAUUAUCUUGGUCGCUGUGAACAAGCAAUUGGAAAAUUUGAAUCACUUGUAAACCAGAUUCACAAGAAUGUGCGAGACAUUGCCAUUAAACUUGCAUCGAUAGAGUCUGCAGACCUCUUUAAAAGACCACCGCCCAAGUCUAAGGAGGAUCUUGCAGGGGUAAAGGAGUUUUAUGAGCAUGUGGAACGUGAGCGGAAUAAGGACAUCUUGAAUUUAGUCAGUAAGUAUAAAGCCAUUGGCCCACUGCUGACCAAGAUGGAGGGUCUCGUUUUCCACACCAACACGGGGAAGGCUUCAAAGAUGGCGUUAUACUACACCUUCUGGGAGCGCAGGGUUUACGACAGUCUUGUCAAAAUGAUUGUAAAAAAUCUUCAGCAAAUUAAUUUUUCUGUUGUUGGAAACUAUCCCCUUUUCCAAAUUGAAGUUCAUCUCUCUGCCCCUGAGAUUGUCUUGAAACCCAAUGCCUCUGAAGUUUAUCAACUGACUCUCCAGAACAUAAAAGACUGUGUGGAAACCACAAAGCUGUUUGUACGCUGGAUGCAUGGGUCUUGCAUUGAAUGCCUGCCACAGUAUGUCGAAGGAGAUGAUGAGCCAGUUAUGUUUAAUUUCUACAGUGACAUUUCUCAGCAUCAGCUGAUCAUUGAGCUGGCUAUUUCCACCAGUCAGAAUCUCCAAAAACUUCUUGGUUCUCUGGGAAAGUUUCUGAACAGCUGGAAGAAGUACAGAUCGUUAUGGAAGAUGGACAAGUCUAUUGUUGUGGAGAAGUUUGCAGCUAGGAAUCCAUCUUGUGUCAGUUAUGAUGAAAAGUUGCAGUUCUACACCAGAAUCAGUGAGGAGGUGGCACAACAGCCACUUGUCAGGGAUGACCAAUGUAUUCGCCUCCAGCUGAGACCCUUGGCAUUCAGCAUCCAAGAAAAUGCAAAUGCAUGGGUACAGUCGCUUGGACAAUGCCUGAAUGAAUCUGCCAAACGGGAAUUGUACAGUUUGAGAAACGAACUGGAGGACCUCGCAGUUUCUUUGCAGACAGUUCCAGACACUCUGGAGAAUCUGAAGUUUGUACUUAGUACAAUUGCCCAAAUUCGAUCCAUGUCUUUAAAUGUGGAGCUGCGGUUAAAAGACACUGAGGAGCGAUAUCGCACCCUAACCAUGUACGAUAUUCAUACAACAUAUGAAGAGAAAGAAUUGCAGGACAAUAUUAAAGUAAUUUGGGAAAAUCUGUUUGAGGAGUCAAGUACUAUUGAUCACAGCUUGGGUACUGUAAAAAAGAAGUUCACUAAGACCACCAAACAUGAGACGAAGGACUUUGCAGAGGCCCUUGCAGCUUUUGCAACAAAAUUCCGUUUGCAUGGGCCGGGCUCCGUGGGUGACGAACUCGAUUCAGGACUUGAAAUUUUGGGCAAAUUUGAAAAUGAAUUGGAAGAAUUUGAGAGAAAGCGUCAAGAGCUAGCAAAUGCGGAGAAGCUUUUUGACCUGUCGAUCACGAUGCACCCAGAGCUACUGUCACUUCAGAAAGAAAUGAAAGGCUUGAGGCAGAUCUAUGACAUUUACAAGGCACAGCGGGUCGCUAAAGAGGAAUGGUCUGAGACCUUGUGGGCGGAUUUAAAUGUACAGCUGCUUCAGGAAGGAAUUGAUUCAUUUUUGAAGGCCUUCAGAAAGUUACCGAAAGAUGUUCGCAACCUCUCUGUCGGCUUCCACUUGGAAUCUCAGAUGAAAGAAUUUAAGGAAUCCAUCCCCCUGUUGUUGGAUUUGAAGCAUGAGGCUUUAAGAGAGAGGCAUUGGAGGACAUUAAUGGCCCGGACAGGCACAGAAUUUGAGAUGCGAGCUGAUACAUUUACACUGGAGAAUAUGUUUGCUAUGCAACUGCACAAAUAUAUUGAAGUCAUUGGUGAUAUUGUUACUGCUGCGGUUAAAGAACUUAGUAUCGAGAAGGGUGUCAAGGAGGUUGUGGACACCUGGGAAAGCAUGAAAUUUACUGUGCAGAAGUACUACAAAGGAACUCAGGAUCGAGGCUACAUUCUGGGAUCUGUAGACGAGAUCUUACAGAUAUUGGAUGAUAAUGCUAUGAAUCUGCAGAGCAUGGCUGGAAGCAGAUUUGUCGGGCCCUUUCUCACCACCGUGCAGGAGUGGGAGAAAAGCCUGUCCUUAAUCGGUGAAGUGAUUGCAGUUUGGUUGGUGGUGCAAAGAAAAUGGAUGUAUUUGGAGAGUAUCUUCAUUGGUGGUGAUAUCCGAUCGCAGCUGCCCGAGGAAGCAAAGAAGUUUGAUAACAUUGACAGAAUAUUCAAAAAGAUCAUGUCUGAAACUGUGAAAGAUCCCGUCAUAAGCAAAUGUUGUCAGGCUUCUAAUCGUCUAACAAAUCUCAAGAACCUGUGUGAAGGGCUGGAGAAAUGCCAGAAGAGCCUCAAUGACUAUCUCAACUCCAAGCGGAAUGCCUUUCCAAGGUUUUUCUUCAUUUCUGAUGAUGAGUUGUUGAGUAUUCUGGGGAGCAGUGAUCCUGAAGCUGUCCAGGAACACAUGAUAAAGAUGUAUGAUAACAUUGCGUCGCUGAGGUUCCAAUUGGGCAACGAGAAUGAGACGUUGGCAGGGGCGAUGAUAUCAGCUGAAGGGGAGGUGAUGGAGUUCAGGCAGAUGAUCCCAGCGGAGGGACGGGUUGAAGACUGGAUGACUGCAGUGCUGGGUGAAAUGAGAAGAACUAAUCGUCUCAUUACAAAAGAAGCAAUUUUCCGAUAUUGUGAGACCUUGACCAGAAACGAUUGGAUGUUGGUUAAUCAGGGCAUGGUUGUCCUGGCAGCCACACAGGUUUGGUGGACGUGGGAGGUUGAAGAUGUGUUUCAGAGGGUGAAGAAAGGAGACAAACAGGGCAUGAAGAAUUAUGCUAAGAAGAUGCACCAACAGAUUGAUGACCUUGUUACCCGCAUCACACAGCCGCUCAGUAACAAUGAUCGGAAAAAGUAUAAUACAGUGCUUAUUAUUGACGUACACGCCAGAGAUAUUGUGGAUACAUUUGUCCGAGACAGUGUAAUGGAUGCUCGAGAGUUUGAGUGGGAGAGCCAGCUUCGCUUCUACUGGGCGCGGGUGCCAGAUGACCUGAGGGUGCAUCAGUGCACUGGCCGUUUCGACUAUGGCUAUGAAUACAUGGGUUUGAAUGGUCGCCUGGUCAUCACUCCUCUAACAGAUCGUAUCUAUCUAACCCUCACACAGGCCUUGUCUAUGUACCUUGGAGGGGCACCGGCAGGACCAGCUGGAACAGGCAAAACCGAGACAACUGUGUUCGCUUUGAUCCUUGGGAUGGCCAAGGCUCUGGGACUGCUGUGUGUUGUGACAAAUUGUGGAGAAGGCAUGGAUUACAAAGCAAUGGGCAAUAUCCUGUCAGGCCUGGCUCAGUGUGGUGCCUGGGGCUGCUUUGAUGAAUUUAAUCGGAUUGAGGCUGCAGUACUGUCAGUUGUGUCUUCACAAAUCCAGACCAUUCGCAACGCACUCAUACAUCAUCUAACCAAGUUCCAGUUUGAAGGGCAGGAGAUUUCCUUGGACAGCCGGAUCGGGAUUUUUAUCACCAUGAACCCUGGUUACGCUGGGCGUACAGAGCUGCCAGAAUCGGUCAAAGCUCUCUUCAGGCCCGUGGUCGUGAUUGUUCCUGACCUGCAGCAGAUCUGUGAGAUAAUGCUGUUCUCAGAGGGGUUUCUGCUGGCAAAGAUCCUUGCAAAGAAGAUGACAGUGCUGUACAAACUGGGCAGGGAACAACUUUCAAAGCAACAUCACUAUGAUUUUGGUCUCCGAGCUCUCAAGUCUGUACUUGUUAUGGCAGGAGAAUUGAAGAGAGGGUCCCCUGAAAUCAGUGAGGAUGUGGUGUUGAUGAGGGCUCUGAGAGACAUGAAUCUUCCAAAAUUCGUCUUUGAGGAUGUUCCUCUCUUCCUGGGCCUGAUCGCAGACCUAUUCCCCGGGCUGGAAUGUCCUCGUGUCCGUUACCCCAACUUCAACGAUGCAGUGGAACAGGUCCUGGAAGAAAAUCAUUACAUUUUAUUGCCAGUGCAGGUGGAUAAAGUGGUUCAGAUGUACGAAACGAUGAUGACUCGACACACCACCAUGGUAGUGGGACCCACGGGAGGUGGAAAGACUGUGGUCAUUAACACACUUUGCCAGGCUCAAACAAGAAUGUCAUUAGUGACAAAACUGUACACACUGAAUGCAAAGGCCGUGAGUGUGAUUGAACUCUACGGAAUCUUGGAUCCUGUCACUCGCGAUUGGACCGAUGGAAUUUUAUCAAACAUUUUUAGAGAUAUCAAUAAACCGACGGACAAGAAGGAAAGGAGGUAUAUUUUAUUUGAUAGUGAUGUGGAUGCACUCUGGGUGGAAAACAUGAACUCUGUGAUGGACGACAACAAGUUGUUGACAUUGGCGAACGGGGAGCGGAUCCGUCUACAAACUCACUGUGCCUUGCUGUUUGAGGUGGGAGAUUUACAGUAUGCUUCCCCAGCAACUGUCUCUCGCUGCGGCAUGGUGUAUGUGGACCCCAAGAACCUGCGAUACACUCCCUUCUGGCAAAAGUGGAUCAGCCAGAGAACUGUCAAGCAAGAACAGACUGAUCUCACCAAGCUGUUUGAUAAGUAUGUACCUCCGAUCCUUGAACUGAUUGUGGAAGGGAUGUUGGAUGGCAGACAAGUGGAGAAGUUAAGAGUAAUCAUCCCUCAAACAGAACUGAACAUGGUGACACAACUGACUAAGAUGUUGGAUUGUUUGUUGAAGAAAGAGGUGGAGAGAUUUGAUGUCCUGGAAUGCUAUUUUAUUGAAGCCUUGUAUUGCUCUCUGGGUGCCUGCCUUCUGGAGGAUGCAAGGAUCAAGUUUGAUGACUAUGUGAAACGUCUCGCCAGUAUGUCCACGGUUGAAACUCCCAAUGUCUUUGCUGGCCCAGGAGAAUUGCCAGGCCAACUACCAACUCUUUAUGAUUUUCAUUUUGAUGACGAGAAGCAGAGAUGGAUUCCAUGGUCCAAGCUUGUGCCGCAAUAUGUCCAUAACCCUCAAGGAAAAUUUUUGGAUAUCCUUGUUCCUACGGUGGACACCACACGCACUAGUUGGCUGCUUGAAGAGAUGGUGAUGAUCAAGUAUUACGUACUACUGGUGGGCGAAUCGGGAACAUCUAAGACAGCCACAACACAGAACUUCCUUAAACACCUGAACAUCGAUGAUACUCUGCUGUUGACGAUCAACUUUUCAUCUCGUACCACUUCAAUGAAUGUACAAAGAAACCUGGAGGCCAAUGUGGAGAAACGCACCAAAGUCACAUAUGGACCGCCGAUGGGGAAGCGUCUCCUGGUCUUCAUUGAUGAUAUGAACAUGCCUAGGGUUGAUGAGUAUGGAACACAGCAACCCAUUGCUCUGCUGAAACUCCUGCUGGAGAAAGGUGGCAUGUACGAUCGUGGCAAGGAACUGAACUAUAAGAUCCUGAAGGACCUGGGCUUUAUUGCUGCUAUGGGAAAAGCUGGAGGUGGACGUAACGAAGUGGAUCCUAGGUUUAUCUCGCUCUUUUGUGUGUUCAACGUGACGUUCCCAGCAGAAGAAUCAUUAUUUUCAAUUUACACUUCCAUUCUGAAAGGGCACACGAUGACUUUCAGUGAAGAUGUCCAGUCAAUCAGUGUUAAAGUGACGUCAGCUACUCUCCAACUGUACACCAUGAUCGUGCAAGAACUGCCUCCAACUCCGUCCAAAUUCCACUACAUCUUCAAUCUGCGUGACCUGUCCAGAGUGUUCAAUGGACUUGUCCUUGCAACCCCUGAGAGGUUUCAGACAGUUGCACAGAUGGUCCGGCUGUGGAGAAACGAAUGCCUUCGAGUGUUUCAUGACAGGCUCAUUAAUGAGGAGGACAAAAUGCUGGUUCAAGGAAAUAUCAACCAGUUAUUAGAAGAACAUUUCCCGACGAUAUUUGAGCAAGCCAGCAGGAAUCCGAUUCUGUUUGGAGAUUACCGCACCUUCAUGCAUGAGGGUGAACCACGGGUGUAUGAGGAUCUGCAGGACUACGAAGCUGCCAAAGCUCUCUUCCAGGAAAUUUUGGAAGAGUACAAUGAGACAAAGUCGCACAUGAGGCUGGUGCUGUUCGAUGAUGCUGUGGAGCACUUGACACGGAUUCAUCGCAUCAUCCGGAUGGACAGGGGCCACGCUCUGUUGGUGGGAGUUGGAGGGUCCGGCAAGCAAUCCCUCACCAAGCUGGCCUCCUACACAGCCGACUGCGAGAUUUAUGAGAUUGUUCUGAGUCGUGGUUAUGCAGAGACUAAUUUCCGAGACGAUUUGAAAGCUCUGUAUCUGAAGCUAGGCAUUGAGAACAAGCCGACAGUCUUUCUCUUUACUGAUGCCCACGUGGCUGAGGAAGGAUUCCUGGAGCUGAUAAACAACAUGCUGACCUCGGGCAUUGUCCCGGCACUUUUUCCAGAUGACGAGAAAGAAACGAUUUUAGGACAAGUAAGAGAUGAAGCAAUGAAAGCUGGCUGCAGUCCAGCUAAAGAGAGUAUCUGGCAGUUCUUUGUUAAUAAGAGCGCCAGUAACCUGCACAUAGUAUUGGGCAUGUCACCUGUGGGAGAUCUAUUACGCACACGGUGCAGAAACUUUCCAGGUCUAGUGAACAACACUGGGAUUGACUGGUUCUUACCGUGGCCACCUCAAGCCCUGCUCGCUGUGGCACAGGCAUUCCUAGGAAAGAACCCAAUGAUUCCAAGUGAGCAUUUUGAAAAUGUGAUAGACCAUGUGGUGAUGGCACACAAUUCUGUGGAAGAGUACAGUCAGACAUUCCUGCUGAAGUUACGUCGCAGUAACUAUGUCACUCCGAAAAACUACCUGGACUUCAUCAACACUUACGCUCGCUUAUUGAAUGAGAAAGAUCAGUUCAUUUUGGCGCAGUGCAAGCGUUUGGAGGGUGGAUUGGACAAGUUAAAGGAGGCCAGUGUUCAGCUAGCUGAGUUAAACCAGAAGCUAGCAGAACAAAAGAUUGUACUGGCAGAGAAAACUGAAGCGUGUGAAGCCCUGUUGGCAGAGAUUGCCCUGAACACCACUAUUGCUGAGGAGAAGAGGAAGCUGGCAGAGGAGAAAGCUGCGGAGAUAGAGGAGCAGAAUAAGGUGAUAGCUGUGGAGAAGCAGGAGGCAGAGAAUGCGUUGGCCGAGGCACUGCCCGCCCUCGAGGCAGCAAGGGUGGCUCUGCAGAGUCUGGACAAGUCUGACGUUACAGAGAUCAGGUCGUUUGCAAAGCCUCCUCGACAAGUACAGACAGUGUGUGAAUGUAUCCUGGUGAUGAGAGGCUACAAGGAAAUUAACUGGAAAUCUGCCAAGGGCAUGAUGUCAGAAGCAUACUUCCUCAAGAGCCUGAUGGAAAUGGACUGUGAUGCUAUUGGGCAGACGCAGGUCAAAACUGUGAAAGGUUUUCUCAAGAAUCUGAACACGUCGCUUGAUGAAAUGCAGGCCAUCAGCAGAGCAGGUGCUGGGAUGUUGAAGUUUGUCGAGGCUGUUAUGGGCUACUGUGAUGUGGCCAGAGAGAUCAAGCCCAAGCGAGAGAAGGUAGCCAGGCUGGAGCGUAAUUACUAUCAGAGCAAACGUGAUCUAGAGAAGAUCCAGGCAGAGCUGGCAGCCAUCCAGCAUGAGCUACAAGCGCUGAGCAAUCGCUACGAGGCAGCAAUGAGGGAAAAGCUGCAGCUGCAAGAAGAAGCAGAAAUCAUGGAGCGUCGAUUGGUGGCGGCGGACAAGCUCAUUUCUGGGUUGGGCUCGGAAAACGUGCGCUGGACCAAUGACUUGGAGGAUCUGAAGGUUCGGCGGGUGAAACUAUUGGGCGACUGCCUGAUGUGUGCUGCCUUUCUGAGUUACGAGGGGGCCUUCAGCUCUGAGUUCCGGCAUGAAAUGAUUUACGACAAGUGGCAGAGCGAUAUACUGCAGCGUGAAAUCCCACUCAGUCAGCCCUUUCGCCUGGAAACCAUUCUUACCGAUGAAGUUGAAAUAAGCAGGUGGGGUUCAGAGGGUUUACCCCCAGAUGAGCUCUCUGUUCAGAACGGCAUUCUCACCACCCAGGCCAGUCGCUUCCCACUCUGCAUCGACCCGCAGCAGCAGGCCUUAAACUGGAUCAAGCGCAAAGAGGCAAAGACCAAUUUGAAGAUUUCUUCAUUUAAUGAUCCAGAUUUCUUGAAGCAAUUAGAGAUGGCCAUCAAGUAUGGCUUUCCGUUCCUGUUCCAAGAUGUUGAUGAGUACAUCGAUCCAGUCAUUGAUAAUGUCCUGGAAAAGAACAUUGAAGGACAAGCAGGCCGUUACUUUGUUCGGCUCGGCGACAAGGAGGUCGACUAUGAUCCCAACUUCAAAAUGUACCUCAAUACCAAGCUCGCUAACCCCAAGUACCAACCUGCAGUGUUUGGGAAAUCCAUGGUGAUAAACUACACAGUGACGUUAAGUGGUCUGGAAGAUCAGUUACUGAGUGUUAUUGUGGCAUUUGAGCGGAGAGAACUGGAGGAGCAGAGGGAGCGUUUGAUCAAGGAAACUAGUGAGAAUAAGAAGCUGCUAAAGGAUCUGGAGGAUUCUCUUUUACGUGAACUUGCAACUUCCACUGGCAACAUGCUGGAUAACGUUGAACUGGUCGAAACUCUAGAAGAAACCAAGACUAAAGCUACUGAGGUGUCUGAAAAGCUAAAGCUGGCUGCAAAGACUGCAAUAGAUAUAGACAAGUUGAGAGAUGGGUAUCGACCCGCUGCCAGGAGGGGAGCCAUUUUGUUUUUUGUCUUGUCGGAGAUGGCCCUGGUUAACAAUAUGUACCAAUAUUCUUUGUCAUCUUUCCUGGAUGUCUUUGACUUAUCCCUUCGUAAGUCUUUGCCUGACUCUAUACUUCAAAAGCGACUGAAGAACAUCAUGAAUGCAUUGACUCUGAAUGUAUAUAAUUACGGCUGCACAGGCCUGUUUGAGAAGCAUAAGUUGCUGUUUGCUUUCAACAUGACGAUUAAGUUGCAGCAGGCCGAGCAGCACGUCCCACAGGAAGAGCUGGAGUUUUUCCUCAAAGGAAACAUAUCUCUGGAGAAAAGCAAGCGGCCAAAGCCAUGCCCCUGGCUCCCGGAUCAGGGCUGGGAAGAUAUCAUUCAUCUUGCAGCCAGUUUUCCACAGCAGUUUGCAUCACUUGCAGAUGACCUGCAAUUGAAUAAGAAGGUCUGGCAAAAUUGGUAUGACCUCGAUGCCCCUGAACAAGUGGAAUUCCCGAUCCACUAUAAGGACACGCUGAACAGUUUCCAGAAGUUGCUGCUGCUGCGCUGUUUCCGUGUGGAUCGCGUGUACCGUGCAGUGAUGGACUACAUCGCUGUCACCAUCGGAGAGAAGUUUGUGCAACCGCCUGUCAUCAGUUUUGAGGCGAUCUUUGAGCAGAGCACGGCUAACUCACCCAUUGUCUUCAUCCUCAGCCCUGGCUCUGAUCCAGCUUCUGACUUGUCCAAGCUGGCUGAGCGCUCAGGGUUCGGAACAAGUCGACUAAAGUUCCUUGCUAUGGGACAAGGACAAGAGAAGGUAGCGUUACAGUUGCUGGAGACAGCUGUAGCUCGUGGACAGUGGCUGAUGCUGCAGAACUGCCACCUGCUUGUGCGCUGGCUGAAGGAGUUGGAGAAGGCACUGGAGUUGAUUCACAAACCUCACCCCGACUUCCGCUUGUGGCUCACCACUGACCCAAUCCAAGACUUUCCCAUUGGAAUACUCCAGAACUCACUGAAGGUAGUGACGGAACCACCCAAUGGUUUGAAGCUGAAUAUGAGAGCCACAUAUUUCAAGAUCAGCCAUGAAGCUUUGAGCUUGUGCCCCCAUUCUGCCUACAAGUCGCUGGUCUACGUGCUGGCCUUCUUCCAUGCUGUGGUCCAGGAACGCAGAAAGUAUGGCAAGAUCGGUUGGAAUGUGUCGUACGAUUUCAAUGAAUCUGAUUUCCUGGUCUGCAUGGAGAUUCUCAUCACUUACUUGAAAAAGGCUCAUGAACAGAACGACACCAGGAUUCCCUGGGGCAGCCUGAAGUAUUUAAUUGGAGAGGUGAUGUACGGGGGGCGUUGCAUCGACAGCUUUGAUCGCCGCAUCCUCACCACCUACAUGAAUGAGUUUCUGGGGGAUUUCAUCUUCGACACUUUCCAGCCGUUCCACUUCUUCCACAAUGACGAUGUCGACUACAAGAUCCCAGAGGAUGGGAAUAAAGAUAAUUACACUGAUGAAAUUGAAUCUCUUCCACUUGCAAACACUCCGGAGGUGUUUGGACUUCACCCAAACGCUGAGAUCGGUUACUACACCCAGGCGGCACGCAGCAUGUGGGAACACCUGAUCGAUCUCCAGCCACAGACAGGAGAGUCCGGCAGUGGUAUGGGCCGUGAUGAAUACAUUCAGCACGUGGCCAUGGACAUCCAGAGCAAGCUCCCAACUAUCUUUGACAUGGAUACUAUCUACAAGAAAUUUGUGUUGCAAAUCACGCCGACCACAGUUGUGUUGCUGCAGGAGCUGGAACGGUUCAACCUACUCAUCGAUAGGAUGCUGCGCUCCUUGAUGGAGCUACAGAGGGCCCUGGCUGGUGAAGUGGGCAUGAGCAGUGAGCUGGAUGAGGUGGCACGAGCCCUCUUCAAUGGUCACAUCCCUGCCAUCUGGAGAAGACUGGCUCCUGACACCCUCAAGUCGCUGGGAAACUGGAUGAUCCAUUUCAAGAGGAGGUUUGAACAGUACGCCUCAUGGAUUGAGGAAGGUGAACCCAAUGUCAUGUGGUUGUCUGGGUUACAUAUCCCUGAAUCAUACCUGACGGCUCUAGUUCAGGCAACGUGUCGCAAGAACAGUUGGCCACUGGAUCGCUCCACACUCUACACACAGGUCACCAAGUAUCCCGAUGCAGAUGAUGUCAUGGAGCGCCCAGGGAACGGCUGUUUCAUUUGUGGAUUAUACCUGGAAGGGGCUGCCUGGGAUAUUGAAGAAGGCUGUCUGAUCCGGAGUCAGCCAAAGGAGCUGGUGAUUGAACUGCCCGUUCUCAAGGUCAUCCCCAUUGAAGGCCAUCGCCUGAAGCUCCAGAAUACACUACGAACCCCAGUGUACACCACGUCUCUGCGACGGAAUGCCAUGGGUGUUGGACUGGUGUUCGAAGCCGAUCUGUUCACCACUAGACACAUCUCACACUGGGUGCUGCAGGGUGUCUGCCUCGCCCUGAACGCAGACUGAUUCAUCCGCAUCUCCAGGAUCCACACAGCAAAGGAUCCCGUGUAUUUCUCACAGUGGGAGAGGCAUUUGGUGUUCAAAUUAAAUUAUUUAGUAAAGCAAUUCACUAAGCAAUAAGUAGUAAUAACUUGAUCAACAAAUGGUAAGCAUUGAGGAAUCUGCUGGUGUAAAACAAAACCCAAGCCUCUCUAGUCCUUGCCCUAUCCCUGAGAAAGCCUACGCUGUUUUUUAAUGCAAGAAAUUCUUUAUUUCCCGUAAUUGAGCAAGAACGUUGUUCUGAGAAUUUGGAUUUACAAAUGUUAACCUACUCUCAGGGCUAAAACCAGAGCAACGAUAGAACUCUGAUUUAUUUUUUCCAAAAAUAAAGUUUGUAUUCUGCUACCUUAACCAAAUGUGUGCCUAAUAUCCUUCUUUAGAAUAAUUUUAUAAAUUAUUUUCACAAAAACAAUAGCUUCACCCUUCCUGGUUUGCUGCCAAGAAUUAUCCACUAAGCUGGCUGUUGAGCAACCUUCAUCAUAUCUCAGCUGUCGGAUGGUAUAAUGUGGAUAAAUGUGAGGUUAUCCAUUUUGGUGGCAAAAACAGGAAAGCAGACUAUUAUCUAAAUGGUGGCCGAUUAGGAAAAGGGGAGAUGCAGCGAGACCUGGGUGUCAUGGUACACCAGUCAUUGAAAGUAGGCAUGCAGGUGCAGCAGGCAGUGAAGACAGCGAAUGGUAUGUUUGCUUUCAUAGCAAAAGGAUUUGAGUAUAGGAGCAGGGAGGUUCUACUGCAGUUGUACAGGGUCUUGGUGAGACCACACCUGGAGUAUUGCGUACAGUUUUGGUCUCCAAAUCUGAGGAAGGACAUUAUUGCCAUAGAGGGAGUGCAGAGAAGGUUCACCAGACUGAUUCCUGGGAUGUCAGGCCUGUCUUAUGAAGAAAGACUGGAUAGACUUGGUUUAUACUCUCUAGAAUUUAGGGGAUUGAGAGGGGAUCUUAUAGAAACUUAAAAAAUUCUUAAGGGGUUGGACAGGCUAGAUGCAGGAAGAUUGUUCCCGAUGUUGGGGAAGUCCAGGACAAGGGAUCACAGCUUAAGGAUAAGGGGGAAAUCCUUUAAAACCGAGAUGAGAAAAACUUUUUUCACACAGAGAGUGGUGAAUCUCUGGAACUCUCUGCCACAGAGGGUAGUUGAGGAGGCCAGUUCAUUGGCUAUAUUUAAGAGGGAGUUAGAUGUGGCCCUUUUGGCUAAGGGGAUCAGAGGGUACGGAGAGAAAGCAGGUACGGGAUACUGAGUUGGAUGAUCAGCCAUGAUCAUAUUGAAUGGCGGUGCAGGCUCGAAGGGCCGAAUGGCCUACUCCUGCAUCUAAUUUCUAUGUUUCAAUGGAGGAUCAGAGGUGAUGGGUUGAAUGAAAUCUGAUAAACAGCAGGACAGGCAGCAUCUGUGGAAACACUUCAGGUUAAGGAGCUUUCAAAGUAAGCGCUAUCUACAUGGUUUGUACUCAGUCCUUUCACAAUUAAGUUAGGUCAACAUCGUAAACAUUGAUGUAAAGAGUAGGUGCCAGACCCGUAUGGUCCAGACCAGCACAUUUACCCCACCCUGUCCCUCCCUGCCCAAUGUCUGAUCUCAAGGAAUGACUUUCAGAAACCAAAUAAUCAGAUCAUCAAUAAUCAUUUAAUUGGAUUACAAAAUC